CUUCGGAUCCCAGUAGGCCUGGCCAUUGCCGUUCCGUUCCCAUCUCUGCCAUUCACAUACGACCCAGGCCCGCCCAGAGACAGCACACGCACACACAGCAGCUCGCAACCGGAUUCCAAAUCAGUUCCCAGACCCCGACAAUGGCCGAAGGCUUCAAAAAAUACUUCAACGGUACCACCAUCAGCGGCCGCGCCAACGUGGCCAAGGCCACGUAUGCCACGUUGGCUCUGCUAUUCAUCUUGUAUCGCAUGCGCCGCGGGUCGAGUAAGCAGUCCCAGCUAGCUAGCGAUACCUGCAGCUGCGAUGCAGAGGCAGAUCCGAUGCCCCACGGUGAUACUGGCAUCUAUGGCACCGAUCCCGACUGCUCCGUGUGCCGGGAUCGAUCUGAGCGGGCAAUGAGCGAGUAUGAUCGUGAGCAACGGCGAAAGGCGGCGGCCGAGGAUAAUGGGUGUCGCGACGAUCCGCCGCCACCACCGCCAUCCAAUGGCGGAGCAGGCUCUAGCAAGCCGCGGGCCAAGUGCCCCUGCGAGGACUCUCAGAAACGAGUGAACAGCGCCUUAAAGAACAAUAGCAACAGCAGCCACAGUAAGGCGUGGAGUCAUCAGCUACAGCCCCCGAACCAGUAUCGGCAGCAUUUCCAGCAGCAAAGCGCACCCACACCAUCGGAGCAGGAAAAUCCGGUCGGCGAGCUGAUCGGGCAGGUGCACGAUGCUGUCUCCCGAGUGGUGCGAGGCGUCGUUGGCGCUGUGCUGGGCGGUGCGGCGGUCAGCACCACCGGCAGCAGCAGUGUGGGCGAGGCCCAAUCCCAGUCCUACUACGAACAGGACGAGGACGAAGAGGAGGACGAGGAGGAGGAGGAGUGGGAUGACGGUCAGGCGUAUGGAUCCCGCAAUAAUCCGCUCUUCUGCACGCCCACUUCCAACAACAAUGGCACGUCGAGGCCAACGGAGGAGACCGCGACGGAUAGUUACAAUGCCUUCAGUGAUGGCUUCGCCUCAGAUAUGUUCUUUACCAGCGACGCGAAGUGAGCGACGGUUAGCCAGGGCUAUUCCGGGUCUAUGAGGGCGCCUGGAGUGGGAUCUAAAUUUAUGGUUAUCUUAAUAAAUUUGUCAAAAGGCCCAUCUAUCUCGGCA